GACUGACUGCUUGUUUCAGCAGUGUGCACUUUCCUACUGACUUUAAUCUAUAAAUGUUCUCAUGUGGUCAGUGACCAGGUCAGAUGUCAGUGGGCUGUUACAGAGCUUUAGCUCAGUGGAUGGAGAGCACAGCCUCACAGCCUGACCUCACAGCUGUCCCUUCAUUGUCUCUGCUGUUCUUAAAGACACAGGGUAAAACAGUGGCUCCUCCUGGUGCUGACUACAUUUCUCCAUUUAUUUUUGACUUAAACAUCUGUCACCAUAGUUUGAUCUUUAGUUGGUUUUUAAUUAGUUGAGUCGUUCAUCAGUAUUUAUCACUAACAGGACUAUAAAGUUAGCUCAAAUAUGGGAACCUUCAAUUCAAAAACAGUUUCCUUUCCUCUCUCCUUCUGCCUUCGUCUCCUUCCUACCCCAUCUAACUCCCCCACCUCCUUCUACUUACCUCCACUCCUUUUCUCCAAAUGCCUCGUCUCAGCCUCCCUUUUUUAUUUUCCUGUUCUCUUUUCCUCCCUCCUCCUCUAUGUUCGCCCCCUCUCUUCAUCCCUCCCUGUUUCUCCUUCUCUCCACCUCACCCUCUUCACUAGUUCUUUCUUACUCCUCCUUCCUCAGUUUCUAUCAUAGCUAUUUCUACUUUUUCAUUCAUAAGAAUGUGUGCUUCUUCAUCAUUUGUCCUCCUCUCUUUUCUGUCUUGGCUUCAUUUCUUUUUCCCUCCCUGUCACUGUCUGCGUCCCUGUUAUUUUCCCCUUUUUUAAAUAUUUCUACUCUCUUUAAUCUAUCCCUCGGCAGCUUCUUCUCCUCUUCCUCUUCCUCUUCCUCUGCUCAGACCUACGUCUUGGACCAGCGUGCUGUGGGUGUGUCUUUGACUCUCACCCACCCUCUGAUUGGUCAGCCUCAGCUGUCAGUCAUGACCACUGCCCCCUCCUCUGCUUUUAAAUGAGGAUGAGAUGGAAGCAGGCAGGACUCAACCUGUGGAAGCAGCGAUGAGCAGCUGAUCAGAAACAGAAGAAACUGCAUCAGAAUGACAUGAUUUCAAAGAACAGACAGAAAGGUGUGAGCAGAGGAGAGAGGAGAAGAAAACCCUGAGGACGCAGGGAACCACCAGGAGUAAACUGUGGGUGUGUGUGUGUGUGUGUGUGUGUGCAGGGUCUGUUGGACAUCAGUGGGACACACACCUACACACAGACAGUCAAACUCAAGGACAUCAUGAUCCUGUCAGCCUUUCUCAUCGUGCCCUUGUCUCACCUGCUGACGUCUAUGCUCCUCUGUUAUCUGCCACAAGUGUCUACGCAGAAAUCUGGAUCACGGUGGUUAAUCGGUGACAGGGACACUCACUGUGGGGUCAUCUGCUCACGGACGCAGGGCAAACCUGUGUGCGGCUCAGACGGACGGAGCUACGAGACCAGCUGUGAGCUGCAGAGGGCGCGUUGCAAAGAUAAAGCACUCACACUGGAACACCGCGGCCGAUGUCGAGGAAAAAACUGGGUAAAAAUUGACCAGUUUGCUGUGGCCCCAGCACCAACAUCACCUGCUGAGGGAAGAGACCAGGAGGUGAAAGAUGUUGGUCAGUCCAAGUGUCGUGCUGAGAGGAACCAGGCUCUGGAACAAGCCAAGAGACCUCACGAGUCCAUGUUUGUCCCAGAAUGCAAUGAGGAUGGGACUUUUGCCCAGGUCCAGUGUCACACUCUGACGGGAUACUGCUGGUGUGUCACCAGUGACGGCAAGCCAGUGAGUGGUUCCUCUGUGCAAAACAGGACCCCAGUGUGUUCAGGAAACUUCCAUGAAUUUAUGGGAACUCAUGCUGCGACAAGUGGAUUGUCAGCGUCAGUAACAGAUAAACCAGCAGGGCCACCAAAUACUGGCAGAAAAGUUUCCUUCCGUUUCUUUCUCACCCUCAACCCAGAUGAUGGCUCCAAGCCAACGCCCACCAUGGAGACUCACGUCCCUCCAGAGGGCGACGAGAUCACAGCACCAACACUGUGGAUAAAGCAGCUGGUGAAGCAGAACAGCUCCACCUCCAGGAAGAUAGAGAAAGUUCCCUCUUGUGACCAGGAGAGACAGAGUGCCUUGGACGAGGAUCAGCAGAGCCCUCGUGAAGCCAUCUUCAUCCCAGACUGUGGACCCGGAGGCCUGUACAAACCGGUCCAAUGCCACCAGUCCACAGGCUACUGUUGGUGUGUUUUAGUCGACACAGGACGACCAAUUCCUGGAACCUCUACAAGGUACCAGAAGCCGGAAUGUGACGGCACUGCACGAUAUCGUGGUUCGGAUUUAGAAGAUCCCUUCCAGGGCAGAGACCUGACAGGUUGCCCGGAAGGGAAAAAAGUGGAAUUCAUUACAAGCUUGUUAGACGCUCUAACUACAGACAUGGUGCAGGCCAUAAACUCACCAGCCCCAUCUGGUGGUGGGAGGUUCGUCGAGCCUGACCCCAGUCAUACUUUGGAAGAGAGGGUGGUGCAUUGGUAUUUCUCCAAGCUGGACAACAACGGCAGCCAAGACAUAAACAAGAAGGAGCUUAAACCUUUCAAGAAGUACCUAAAGAAGAAAGCCAAACCCAAGAAGUGCUCCCGCAAGUUCAUCGACUACUGUGACCUGAACAAAGACAGAGCCAUUUCUCUGCAUGAGCUGAAAGGCUGCUUGGGCGUCAGCAAGGAAGGGAGCUCAACAACAAGUGACAACCAAGGGACGAGGCAAGCGACGAAUUUGUUCAUAGGUCGUCUGGUGUAAGAAGAGAAGGAUCCAGAAGCUGAGACAAGAGCAGAGGAUAAGAGGGAAAGCAUCUGGACGCGUGCUGACAGGAAAAAGUGAUGGAGCAAAAAAAAAUUAAAAGCAAGAGUUCCUGGGCUGUGUUUCCAUGAAAGAAGGGACAAAAAUGUAUAAAAAAGAAAACAGGCGGCGCCAAAAUAUUUGCACUUUGUCUUCCCUUUGUUUGAAAUGUUUUCCUCUUUGUAUGUCUCGUAUUUUUCCUGAAGUGACAGAAAAGGUUGUAGGUAAGGAUGAGAUUAUAUUUGUGGAGAGACGACGUGAGCAGCUCAUCACUGGAUCAGUUAACGUGCUCGUGUUCCUAGUUUUCUCCCGUGUACAGUCAGUAAUGUUGAUGAAGAUGUGACGAUCAGUAUGUAUUUCCAGUGUUAGGAAUGUGCAGUGAAGAAGAGGCUAAUCCGUCAUUAGUCCUGGUAGAUCCUCUUUCACUUAAAGGCUCCUCUCUGCAUAAAGGACUAUUUCGGAGCUGUAGAAUUGUACCAAGGCUUCUAAUUACUUCCUUUUCCCUGCGGUAGAAAUGCACACAGUUCCGGGUACUACAUCCAGUUCUGUGUCCUAGUUCCUGCAGCACAAACCUGCUAGAAUGAAACUGUGAUGAGUCUAAUAAUUCAGUCUGUCAGAUUUUUGCUGUGUCAGUCUUCCAUGCACUGUUUUUACUUCUUUCAUUAUCAACCUUCACUCACCUUUUAGUAAAGUCUGUUGUAUUUCAUGUUGACUUGGAAACAGUGAUGGACAAAACUAGCUGUGAAUGUGUAAUUACUUUACUCUGUACUGCUCCGUGUGACCAUCAACUAAUGCAAUACUAUUAUAUAUGUUGUAUGUAUUUUUGCAGUACUUUCGCUGCACACAGUCCCUUGCUGUUUCCCCACACGUUCAAGAGGAUUGUAACAAUCAAUAAAUAAAUGAAAACUUUAUAAGGAGGAAAAUGUCUAUGAAAAAGUAAAUAGGGACAAAUACAGUCCAGAAUAUUUCUUGGAGUUACAUUAGAGACAUUGCGUACUUAAAGAUACUGCAGUAUGUGAGAGUAUGUGGAAAGAAUUUCUCAUACUGAUACUUUCAGUUCGUCAUCAAAGUUGUACAAAGAGUUAGGACUUAGGUCUUUUUUUUGGUUGAAGCAAAAGUAAAGCUGUAUAGUGCGUAAUAAAGGAGCAAGUCUUCAUAGUGGGUACAUUGACGUAUGAUGGCGGUUACUAACUUCACAUCAACCGUGAAUAUCCACCAUCAAGCAGGGGUUUAAACCUGUUUUGUUUUUCAUUAAAAGACUAGGUUUGAUCAUCCC